UCUAACGUUUUACAGUCGCAUUUAAGUGUCUUUUUAUUGAAAUAAUAAAAUAAACAUGUCGCUAACGAAUUAUUAUUCCAUGAUGGGCCUGCAGACCGAGGAGCCGUACGGUGCACAUUUCAUCCCGGGAGGCUUGCAGGGUUCGGCGGCCGGCUGUGCGAAGCCAGCCCGGAGAGCGGAGGAGGAGGAGGGGACCCCCGGCGCACACAUUCCGGAUUUCUCACAUUUUUCCAACAAACAGACGAGCUUGAACGGCUUCUCUCCGUGGGCGAGCACCUCUGCGUCCUCCUCGCCCUCUUCCCCGCAGCUGCAGCCCGCCCCCGGCGCCUCCAUCCCCGGCCUCUUCCACCCGCACCCGCUGCUCAGCCACCACCACCCGUACUACGGCCCGCAGCCGCAGAGCCACGCCGAGCACCUCGCGCCCUCCGCGGGCUCGGAGAGCAGGUUCGUCCGCUGCUGGGAGGGGGCCACCCCAAACUCGGAGACCUCCCUAACGCACGCGGCCGGUUUCCCCGGGUGCGUCCCCGCCCAGGGUGACCUCUCCGAUCCAAACCCGCGGUACGAAGCGGUGGAAGCGGAGAGCUCCCCGCCGUCCCAGGACAGCCCCGGGGAGUCCAGCUUCGCCAGCCCGACCGAGGUGGUACUCGAGCGGCUCGGGACCGUGGAGGAGCUCGGGAGGAAGCCGGAGCUCAAAAAGGAGGAUGAGGAGAGAAAAACAAAGCAGCCGCUCGACCCCG